AAGAGUUACAACAUUGGACUUUCAAUGAGGACCGACAAAUAUAGCAUCUCUGCUCGUUUAUUUAAGCGGCAGCUAAUAAGUAGCGGUACGUAGGGUCGUGUUAGGAUGUUACAUACUUUAACUGUACAGUUACGCAAAUAAUAGUUUGCGUUGUUGUUGCACUUUUACGUUAUGGCGAAAAAAGUGACUCACGAAGUACAUUCAUUCAUGAACAUUAAGUACAGCUAUUUAUCCGUGAUAAUGUGAAACAUAAUUAGUGUUUGAUUUGGAGCGCUAUGUGUAGGAAGUAUAUAAUUCCCGUUGCUGUUCGCCGAUACAUAAUUCUCGAGCCUGAUAGCGAAUGACAGGACAGAUGCAUUCAUAGGUGUGAGUAAUCCUGAUGUUGAGUGAUCAUCGGCUUGCUAUUGGACUACUUGGAACUUGGACAACUAUAACUUUUUAACACUUUGUGGAUACAGUUGGAGUGUACUUCUUACGCUUAAAUUCAUGAAAACAAGUGAACCGUGUUCAGACGAGAAUAAAUGUUUAUUUUAAAAAAUUGAAGUUAAUGUACUUGUCCUACAGUGACGGAAAAUAUUAAGGAAAUGAUGCAGCAGCUGUAUCAGACGCUACCCGAUGACAGACCUAUUACAAGUAUUCAGAUAGUUGAGGAUGCAGACAAGUGUCCUCCUGGUUUUACUGUUGUAUCGAGAACACAUGAUCAGGAUUCCGAUGCAGAUUUAUGGAGAGAAGCAAAGGUAUUUGGUCGCAAGGUUACUCGUUAUGUGUGUCACUCGAAGACAGAAGGCAUUGCUGAUUAUAUUGUCGAAUCUGUACUCAUUAUCAACGAGAGAGAAGUCCCACCAGAUGGUUACUCUGUCUUGACAAGAACGGCUGAUACAGAUCAACGAGCUUGGAGAAAGCGGCAGCUGUGCUACAGGCUUGCUAAGCAGACACAAGCAAAAACGGCAGUCACUGAUAUUAUUGUGUUAAGCAGGCUGAAAAAAGCACCAGAUGGGUUUUCACUGGCAGGGGAUAUAAAUGGAAUGACCGUUUGUUUUAAAAUGAGGUUCGGGCUUACUCAAGAAAUUAAUAAAGUGCCUACAGCUGAUCUUUUUCUAAGUUUAAAUGCCGGACAUGCUGUGCAAGCAGAUUUGAACUCACACUCGGCAGGAUACCCAUUACUGCCUCAAAAGCCACUGACAAAUAAUGUACCAUAUCCAGUUGCACCUAAGCCAGCUUCUGGAGAGGAUUCUCCUCAUGAAUAUGAGAGACUGAUAAAUCUAAGGCCUUCCAGACCAGCUCCUAAACCUCCAGGUGGUACUAAUUCAGAUGGUACCAAUUAUGCAACUCUUUCUGCAUACCAAGGUUUGGAAGGUGUGCCUUUUGUACUGAAUCCAGGAUUUAACAACAUUUCAUUUAUGCAGUCGAUUCCUAGCAUCAAAGCGAAGACCAGAUAUCAGCUGGAUCAGGAGUUUGAUUAUGACUUCAGAAUUGAGAGGCAAACAUAACUGCAUGAAGAACUUAUUUUUGGAGUGGUCAGUAUAUAUAUGAUGUAUCUGUUCCUUACAUAUCUAACAAAUGCUGUGGAGCCUCAAAGAACAAAUACCGUAUGACACUAAGUUGAUCCUAAGACUGGUCUAUUUUAAAGUGUGCUAAUGGGACUUUUAUAGGUACUCCCUGCUGUGCACUUUGGAUUUCACUUGUGAGAAGAUUGACUGAACUUAAUGUAUAUUGGUAUAGGGCAUUAUAAUUGUGUAUUGUAAUUGCAUUUAAAUAAUCCAAGUAAGAUUGUUGCAUUACUGGUUUUUGGUUUUGAUUAUGAAGAUAACAGUGAAAAAUGUAUUUUUUUUUUUUUUUUUUUCAGAGGUGAUUUAAGAAUAAUGUUCAAUUUAUGUAGCCGAGCUCUACAUGUGCUAUAAAAGUAAUGAUGCCUCAGGUAUAUUUUAGAUUGAAUAGUGAAACAUGUUUUAUAAAAUAUAAUGGAAGUGUUGAAUAUUUAUAGUUGCUUCAUUGGAGUUGUUAAAGAGAGGUAGAAUAAAACAUAAAAACAAUAAUUUUGUAUUUUGACAAAUGGGUGACAAAUUAUGAAACAUAUGGUAUAUCAUGUCAUUUAAUGUCUACCUACUGAGCAUGUGAUUAUAUUGUGGAAUGAAGUAAUAUAUGUGUAUGUCUUCCUAGUACUAUCUAUAAUGGUUUUAUAGUUGUGACUCGCGGGAAGCUUGUGGUGGUGUUUUCUGUCUGUUUGUGCCUUAGUAGUGAUUCUUCCAUCAUGUUCUGGGGAGACUGUGAAUCAAGACUUUAUGCGACAUUGUUUGAAUUAAUUUUGAUGUUUAAGUAUGUUUAUUGGUUACUGAAGAUCAUAUCAAUUUUUAGGCAUACAUAAAAUGCUGUUGUAUCAGCUGUUUGUAUGUGCUGUUUUUACGUCACAUUUAUUUAUGUGGCUGAUGGGUUCUACAGCUUCCUGUGCAGCACAAAUAAUAUUACAGUUUCGAGUUUAUUGUGAUGCUACAACUAUUUUGAAUACAUAUCACAAUGUGGUGCAGAGCAGGAAGAAGUUUCUCUUUUAUAGUAAAUGAUGAUAUUGUAAUUUAUGCUGCUUGUAUCCCAUGUUGUGGCCCACAAAUGCCAAAUGUCACCAAAGUAGGAAAACUGAGGCUGCAUUCUUUGUGCCUGAUCACAGUUUAUGCAUGCUGUUGCACAUGAGAGCUUAUUUAAUGACUUUUCAGUUGAACUGUCUUAAUAAGCUGUAUUGUAAUACUAAGCCCAAGAAAAUGGGAAAAUUCAGGAAGUAGAGCAAUCAGCACUUGAAAUGAAAUUGUUACAUCAUUUUGUUUAUUUAAUUAAGUUUUUAUUGUGAUAUUUAUUUAGUCAAGUCAGAAACUCUAUGCCAGCUCUUAAUACCCCUGGUAUGCUAUCCCACCAUUUACACUUUGCUCUAAGUGUAUUGUCACAUUUUAACCCUCCCCCAUUCAUCUGUAAUCUCUCUCUCUCUCUCUCUCUCUCUCUCUCUCUCUCUCUCUCUCUCUGUGUGUGUGUGUGUGUGUGUGUGUGUGUGUGUGUGUGUGUGUGUGUGUGUGUGUGUGUGGAAGGAAGGAAGGAAGGAAGGAAGGAAGGGUGGGAGUUAUUUAUUUGUAUAUGUGUGCAUGUGGGAAGUGAGGGAUAGGUGCACAGGGCAGUCAUCAUUUACUCAUUACUUCCACUAACUGUGUAGAGCUAUGUAUUAUGUAUAGGACCUCACUCACUUUUUUAUGUAAGAGUAUGCUGUGUGAUACUCUUGAUACUUCUCAUUAUAUCACUAAUGCCUCUCACAAAUUUGAGAAACUGCCUAUUGUUUCUCUUACAUGUAUAUGAGCAUUGUUCCACAUUUUAUUUAUUUUUCUUUCUUUCUUCCCUCCCCCCCCCCCCCUUACCCUUGCAGUGUAUUAAAAUUGUUGUAUAUAUUUCUGUACUUGAAAAAUGUUGAAAAAUUUUCAGUUUUUAAUAUAGCAUUAUAGGAUGUAACUGCUUCUAUAACUAUUUUCCAUAGAGGCAAACUCUAAGAAAACGGGAACAGUAAAAACAAUAGAUCUUGGAAAACCUUUUCAAUAAUGUUAUUCUCAAUUUCUCUUUUCUUGCCUUUUUUGUUUGUUUUUGGUCUAUCAUUUUUAAAUAUCUUACAUUGUGUUUAAGUAUUAAAAAAUGUGGACUAUAUUUUAACUUUUUCAUAUUGUCACACUUUAGUAUGGCCACUGAAGCUGAGUAUUGGUGCUUAUUAUUGAUGUGUUUCCUAGUCAGUUACUGUCUUGAAAUUGAAUUAUGUGCUUUACUUUAGGUUUUUUUUUUUUUUGUACCAUUGUGUUUGCAACUUAUUAGAUCUCUCCAUAUAGACAUUCUGUUGUAUAUGUUACUGGAUAAAUCCAUAUGUCAAUCUCAAUCAUAUGGCUGCAAACAGGAAAUAUAUCUCGUGUUUUAUGCAUGAUGUUUUGAGUAUAGAUUAGAAGUCUGCUCCGCAUCAUUGAGUUCAUCUUUGUUCUAGGUUAUCAUCUACAAAUAAUAUAGUAAUUGCACAGAAUAUGGUUUAUGAUUGCAGUAAUUUUUAUCAGAGAUAUGAAUUUUACUGAAAGGGGAAGUAGUCUGAUCAUCCUGAAACACAACUUUUAACUAUAAAUAAUACUACCAGUAAUUUUAUUUUGACAUUCCUGUGAUCACCUCUCCUUGACACCUGACUUGAUAGUCAUUAAUAUCUUCUCACUAAAAUUAUUCAUUUCACAUUCCAUGAUACUGCUGCUAUUACACUUAAAAUGAUUUGGCUUCACUAAAUACAAGAGUCUUUCAAGCUCCUAUUAGACAAGUCUCUUAUUAUCCAGUUCUGUUUUCUUCAAUAUUGAAUCUUUCAUUGUAACUACUAUUUCACAGUCAUGGUAUAUAACUGAUUACAUCUUGUUCCACUUUCUGUCUGAGACACCAGAAAGGAAGUUUCAUUUAUUUGAUUUGAGGAUGUUAAUGACACAAUAGUCCAGAACUAUCGAGAAGUAACUGUACCAUAUUAGGCAAUAUAAGCUGGUUCCAAAAUUCCCAUGUGACCAUGUUUAGUGAGUAAUUCCCACUCUUCAUUUUAAAUUUUAUGUUUAUUGGUUUCAAAUGCUCAUAUUAUCUCUUAUUGACUUACAUUUUAUAGAAAAGUGUUUCUUCCCUUAGUGUUAUAUUCUAUUGUUGACAAAUUUGCACACAUGUUCAACACAUUAUACAUCAUCCUAUAGUUACUUAUUGUAAGCACGGAAUUUGCCUAAUUAUAGUGAGAUUUCUUCUUAUUCAUGAACCCAACAUUUCUUGUCACUGCCCAUCAUCCACAAAGUGAUAACCAAAUUGUUCCAGUAAUGUUGUGAUCUUUAGUGGCUAAAUCUCUCUCUCUCUCUCUCUCUCUCUCAAAACGUCGACAUACUGGGUGGGCUCUGUAAUCACUAUGUUUCUGCUUCAACAUUUUUAAUUACUUAGAUUUCUUUCAGUAUUCGUGUACUUCAUAUUUUUCACCAGUAUGUAAUGAAUGACUCGUCCUUCUCUUCUUCUCUUCAGUUUGGUUCCAGUUUCUCUAGCAUUCUGACCACAUACCUAUGUGCUUAUAGCAUUCUUGGAACAAUAACAAAAUCUAUGUUUUUUGGUGGUGGAUUUGAGGCUGUGAAAGCAAAGGUGGCACAAUCCCACAGCAUAUUGGUAUUGAGAGUACAAUGUUGCUCAUAAGGAAGUUAAAUAAUUUUUAAGUGUGUGAUAAUUUAAAGAUUUAUAUAAUUUCACUAUAUUUUGCAGUUUGAACAUUACUUUUGUCCAACACUUUUCAGUUUUAAAUGUGAUAUACAUUAAAAAAUCUGACCUAUUUCGUAAUUGUAACAUGCUGGCUUCAGUCAAUCUGAUGAGGUGACCACAUUACUGUUGAGAUCAGACACGUGUGUGUGUCCAGUCUUCUCAAUAUCCGUUUUUCUUGUGCCGCCAUUUUUAAAAUUUAUUCUGAAGACAGCAAUAUGUAAUAACAAAUAAAAAAAAACAAAAACACAUUUUAGAUUUUAGAAAUACAGAAAAACUUUCUUGUGAUAAAGUAAUUGGAUGUCAUUUUUAAAUCUCAGGGUAUUGUUGUUUGGAAUAUCAGUAAUGCAAUAUGUGGUAGGUUUAAUACAAUUUACAAUGUAGCUAUAUUGAGGAAAAUGGAAGUGAGUUAUUCUCUUCUCUAUCAUCACCUCUAAACAACAAUAUAAAUUUCAAUGGAGACCUGUAAACAGUUUUAAAUCUGUGAUGGAACUGAUGUUGACCUCACAGUGUUAUGCACCAUUUACUCUUUAUUCUUAGAAAAUAUGAAAAAUGUAGCACAAUGUAAAAAAUUUUUCCCUUGUCAAAACAUGUAAUGGGAGAACUGAUAAGUAACAAUUGAAGCGGUUGGCGUGCACUCUGCUAGUGUGUGUUAGAAGCCAAAACUGCUAUUUGCACCUGGUCUCACAAGAGUUCCAGGAGAAUGCAGAGCCAAGACACCAAAGGGUCUGCUUGGGGGGGGGGGGGGGGGGGGAUCCAGUUUAUGGCACUUUCCUAUGAUGGUAACCUCUUUUAGUCUUGACUGGCUAUGUUUUACGUAAUUGGAGAGAAAAUUCAUUUGAGUAAUCUAAAAUUACAUGGAGAGUGAGUGGCUGGUCAGAACUUAUCUUCAGGAGGUAAAAUUCCAUUAGUGCUGAUAUACACAAUAAAAGUAGGAAAAAUUCUGUUUCUAGAUUUCAGAACUAUUAGUUCAUUUGAUAGGGAAGAAAGAAGCAUAAGUUUCGAAGGUUGGGAAGGAAGACAGGUCAGGCAGACAUCAAGAGUUUUUCUUUCUCCAGGUCACUUCAGUUUAAGUGACAAACCUGAGAAUUACAGAUGUUAUACAGAAAGUAAUAUAUGAGAACCAUAUUAACUGAAAUCUGUAUGUUAAACAACAUGCAGUGCCAAUAUUCAGAAACAUCAGUCGUAUAAAAUCAGCACUUCUCAAAUCAUCUUCAAAUUUCAAUGCCAUAACCUGCUAAAAGAGGAUAUGAGACAUGUACAAGCGGCACAAACUGUAUAUGUAACCAUAUGUGUGUCAUGCCAACAUACAUAUUCAUAUUGGAAACAAAAUAUUACAAUGUAAUAAUUACAAAGUGCACAAGAACUACUACUCCGAUAGCAUACAAAGUUAUCAACAAGUAAAAAUAGCUGGGGAAAGGGGAAGAGGAGAGGAACAGGAUACAGAAAAUAUUUAUUUUAUUUAACAGGGUUAAAAAGGGUCUGGCACUUUGUGUGUCCAAUAAAGUCAUUUUCUGUAAUAUUGAGAAAUUGCAAAUUAAGAGAUAGAGCACCUGAGAAAAGAUGUGUGCAAAGUCAAGAAAUUGUCAAGAUGGUAUCCUAUAAUAUGUUAUCUAUAUUAGUGACUUUCAUGCCAUAAAAAUGUGUAAAUAAAUGUUUUCACUGCUUCCAUUUUACACUGUUAUCGUUUUAUUAGCUGGCUUUUCUUAUUUCUUUAUUUAGUGCAAAUGUGCCACCACCUCUCUCAUUACUUAUUUCUUGAACCAUUCCAUCCAAUAUUUGAAAGUACUAUUUUUUAAAUUAGUUUUGUGAAAACAUUUCAUGUUUCAUUGAAAAGAAGGUAUUACUGCACCUAAGAUCUUUGAGUGUCUCCUGUGUAACAUUUGUGUUAUCAUUAACUUGUAUUAGUCCAUAUAAAUAACAGGUGUACAAGAUGUGAUCCCUCAAUCUUUAAUACACAGAAAGUAAUUCUUUGAUGAAUUUCCACAGAAAAUAUAUAGGAGUAUGUGUUAUUAAUUUUAAACAGCAGGCCCGUAUCAAUUACGUAUCUUUCACUGAUCUACCACAUUCCAGAAGUUGUUAUUUCAUUCUAUAAAGGUAUCACAGUUUUUCUCAAGAGAGAUCUUCAUUUUUCGUUUCCUUAGGUACUAGCAUAUCACAGUUACUAGUACUUAGCAUAACUCUGGCACCAUUUUCAUCAAUAUUCUAACCAAUUACUGCCCAUGUCAUAGUCCUAAAUAUAACAUUCUGAGCAGGAAUAGUGUUCAGUGUUGUCUUCCAGUUCAAAGUCAAUAAAAUAAUGACAAUAAUACUUUCCCCUAAUACUAUUUAUUUGCAGUAAUUACAUUAUUGCUAAGAAAGUAAAAUACUUACAAAAUAUUCAUCAUAAGAGUCUCAAACCGAGACUGUUAUAAUAAAUAUUUUAAAAAUUUGAACAGUUGCCGAAUCUCUCAUGACAGUAUGCCACCUGUAUUAAAAUAAAAUACAAUUUCCCACACAGUAGUUUCUGUAACACAGGGAUCCAGCUCCAUAAUCAUUUUUACUAGUAAUGUAUUAUUCAAGAAUAUACACCAAAAUCACACUCAAGUGUGAAAUGACUUGGGGAAGUAUGAGAUGUUGGAAAAUUAAAGCUGAGUAAUAUGAUUAUUGAGCAGGAAAGUGUUUCAGUUCCUGCCUCUGUCUCACCACCAGUAUGAAUGACUAUGGCACUGCUGCAUGUUUAGAAAUAUGUUGUCAAGUGACUGUUUUCAUUACAUGUAAUUCAACCAAAUUGUGGGUUAGACCACUGUAUCUUUCAUAGUCUCAUUCUUCCAUCCCUUUUUCAAAAACCCUUUACUUGCUUCAAUGCACCAUCUGAAUGUGGCUAACCAUUGGUAGUCUGUAUUUAACAAUUUUUGUGCUUGUGUUGGUAGUUCAGCUUUUCAGUUUUAUGCCCUUUUUUUAGAAGCUAUUGCUUUACUUGUUCCUUUAGUACAGUUCAUCUGUGCUGUUGAGAAAUUAUUUUAGUAAGCAAAAUGCUAUUCGUCAAUUCUAGUUCAUUGUACCUUGUUACCUUAGGAAUGAAUUAUCAUCCAAUAAGAAGAAGACUAGUAGUAACUCUCAAAACUGCUUGUCUAGCUUGCAGCAGCAGUGUGUGUGUGUGUGUGUGUGUGUGUGUGUGUGUGUGUGUGUGUGUGUGUGUGUGUGUGUGUGUGUUAUCAUGUGAGCUGUCAGUGGAGGUGUUCCUAUUUUCUGAAAGUCAUCAAUGCAACACAUUACUGCCAUGUUAGGCAUUAACUGCAGUCACUUUGCUAAAGACAUGAAACUGUAAUUUAAUAAAUAUUUACUAGUACCAUGCAAAAUUGUGUAAUUUUUCCAAGAGUGGAUUAUCAGUGCAGUACCAGAUUAAUAACCAGGGUUAGGAAUUAUAGGUGCAAAUUUCAGUUGGGAAAAGGUGUCAAACUAGGUAAUAAAAAGAGACAAAAAUGUGGUGAUUUACUUAACUAAUUCAAGAAAUUCUCUUUCUUCUUUUGUACUUUAUUGAGUUACAAUCAAAUACAUUAAAUCAUGACUCUUCAGAACCAUGAAAAAACGUGGACCUAUUGUACUAUGAGUCAUUAAGCAUCUCUUAAUUUUUAAAAACAAUUCUGUUUCUAUUGGGAGAUAGAAUGCUGUUGUAGAUGCCAAAGCUUUAUUUGAAAUCCACAGAAAUCAGUGGAUCAAACUUUGUAUUCACUCAGAAUGGUAACUCUACAGAUGUCAGAUUCCUCAAUAUGAAAAUUCUUCUGAAUACUAAGACUCAACUUUGUUUUUGGCAAAUCAUCUAACUGCUCCCUCAUGGCCAGCUGUUGUGGCCGAUUGGUUCUAGGCGCUUCAGUCUGGAACCUGCUACGGUCGCAGGUUUGAAUCCUGCCUCGGGCAUGGGUGUGUGUGACGUCCUUAGGUUAGUUAGGUUGAAGUAGUUCUAAGUUCUAGAGGACUGAUGACCUGAGAUGUUAAGUCUCAUAGUGCUCAGGGCCAUUAUUUUUGCUCCCUCAUGGACAUAAAAGUAUCUCAUUGUUUUUCCUUUUCAAGACCUUGGUCUUCUAAUUAUUUAAUAGCUGCAGUCAAGUACUUGUAACUGUGGAGAUAAAAUAGUUUCGUCUGCAAAUUAUGUAUUUUCCCAAGUAUCAGAAGCUGCUGUGCCUUGGAAAUUGCACCUGUGUUGGCUGGGUUCAGAGAAAACAUCAACCCUUUAAUCUUGUCAAAAUUCUCACACAACACAGCAGCACAUUCAAUCAAAGAUCCUCGGUGAGUAAUGACCAGGAAGUUUGGAAAGAGCAGGCCAGUGAUUUCCCUGUAGGCAGCAACACAACACGAGCUUUCAGUAGACUCUUCUUCAGGGCAAAGAUGAAUCGGUCUACACAAUUCCUAUGAAAGGCAUGUACCAAACAUGUUACGUGCUUCAAUGUAGUGAAUAAAGGUUUCAAUUGGUUAGCAGCUGAAACUACGUACGGAGCCUGCUCUGUAACCAACAGAAGAAAUUUUUCAAACUCGAUGCCAUUAGGCCAUAGUUUUUGACAGAAGUCCAUGAUGGUUGAUCGCAUUACUGUACCAGAAUUGGCUUCCUGUGGCUCAUACAUUUUUAACAUCAUUGGCUUAACUCUCCUACUAAGGGGAAAAUUAAAAUGUUCUAAACUUAUUGUUCUGUUGAGUCUAUGAUUUUAUCCAGAAUGAUUCAUCCAUUGCAGUCAGAUACUUUCUCCUUGAUUCUGUGUGCGAUUUGUUGGAAGCAAGCUGCAUGUAGUUUUUUGUAAAAUACUCUCAACGGACGUAGACAUCUUCAGUUUUUUUUUAAGAAAUUGCUUGAAGGUUGGAUGGUUCAUCUUACUGGGUGGAAUUCCUGCUUGUGCAAGAGCUGCACACAAAUCAGUUCUGAAUUCCUUCAAUUUUUGGAGUGCUAAGAAACACUGUUUAAAUGCAUUUUAUAAUACAGGUUGCCAUGGAUUUGUUUGAAGAGUCUUGUUCUUUCUGAUGCUUAGAGCAGGAAAUGUGUUGUUUGAUGCAAUCUCACUCUUGUUUUACAUCUGACAAAAUUACUGAGUCGCAAAUAGUACAUGUGUAACAGUUCUAUCAGUUUCUAUUGAAUCAUAUUUGAAUUCCUGAACCAGAACAAAAAAUUGGGCACUGAACACCUUCAGUGUCAUAAAAUGUAAUAAUAUGCUCAUUUAGUAACAAACCUACAUUUGCAAACAGCAGGCUAUCAGUACGGAUUCUGAUGAAAUUAAAAGGAUGGAAUGAAAUACAUUCAUUGUUAUUUGCAUUGUUGCACACUUUUGUAGUGGUAAAGUGAGAGAAGAGGAUUUGUCUUGUGCACAAUUAUUUUCAAUUGUUGCAGCUGUGCUUUCAGCUGCAUAUUUUCUGAAAGAAAGAGCCUUACUAUUCUCAUCUUCAUUGCUGGCUGAGUAGACGUGAAUUGAAAGUUAGAUAUUUUAUAUUGAUCUAAAACCAAUUACAAAUUGAAUAAAAUGUGCAAGUCGUUUUUUUAUAAGUAAUAAAAUGCUCUCGAGAUAAGUACUGAAAAUCUGCAGUAAAAGAAAAGGGGGAAAGGGAUUAUGGGCAUGGUUAGACGGCGAAAGGGGCAUGAAAAAAUGUGCAUUUUUGCGACUAGAGGCUAAAUUUCACACUGUGGUAUCUUUCCAAAGAGCUUUAAUUUACCCUAAGAAAAGAGGUGCACACCUAAAAAUCCUAACCCUGCUGAUAACAUUCCAGUCACCACGAGGCAGCUGCAUUUGUGUUUUAAAAUAAAUGAUGCAGUAUAACCUCAUAUUCAAUAGUGAUAUUUUUUUCUAUUCUAACUGUUUAUGGAUGGCAAAAUUCUUGUGGCUCAGACUUACUGUGAGUUGAGAUAAAUACAUUCAUUCUUGAUCUUGUCAUCAUCAAUCCUAAAUUAACAACUACUUUUUAAUGCAAAAAAAAUUCAUUUCAUUUGGUGUUCAGUAGAAGAGUUCUGCCUGGCAGCUCAGAACAAAAUUAAGUUGAAUAUACAGUUUGUUGCAUAUUGUGAGGAUUCACUUGAAGACUGCAUUGUGAGAACAAACAGGUCUUUUCUUUUCUCCUCAUUCUCAGGUUGAAAGUUUUAAAAGUGUUUUCUAAAUUUUGUAUCUUGCUUGAUAAAUAUCCCUCAUAGGUGGCGUAAAGACUGAUGAUGUAAAUUUUUGUGGUCUAUAAAUUUGUAGAUGCACAAAAUUAUAUUUUACAGUAGUAUUUGUAACUUUGAAAUUUAAAACUAUAUAUCCAUCACAUACAACAGAAUGUCAGAAUUAUUUUAAAUUGUCCUUGUGAAAUUAUUAUGAUUGCUUCAAUGGACAGGUUUGUAGCAGGUGCAUUUCACAAGCCAGUAGAGUGCACUACUAUCAUUCAAAGAGUUACAUUGUGCGUGAUCUUGAUAUUGGUUUCAUUUCUGAGUGUUGUGCACAUUGUGAAUAGGCUGCAAAUAAACUAAUAAUAAUAAUAAAGAAGAAGAAGAAGAAGAAGAAGAAGACUAGAUGUUUGAAAGGGCAGGGUGCAAGAAAGGUGCCAUUAAUGUUAAGAAAAGCUGCUGUUGAAGACUGCCUUCCAAGGAGCUAAACAUAGAUAACUUAUAUCCAUGUAAUUUAUUUAUUUAUCUGUGGAUUGUGAAGUAUAAAUUUUUUGCUCAGUGUGACACAAAUUGAAGUAAAAUAAUUGCUUUUUAUGUUUAUUCUCUUAAUCUGACUGAUGUAUUCAAGUACUGUAAUUCCUUAGUUAAAAUUUUUGUUAAUGCCAGUGUUUUAAUAUGUGUAUUCCAAUAUAUGGAUGCAUGGGCAUGUGAAUACUGUUGAUAAUGAUAUUUUGUGCCAAUAAUUACUUUUUUCUAAGUUAACAGCCUGUGUGUUCUUCCAGCUGCUUGCUUGUAAUGAAUGGUGAAGCACACAGUAAUUGUAUUUGUGUGUUUUAGGAAGUCUAAAGAAGUAUUUGUCAAAGUAUUAAACUACUUCAUCAAAGUUAAAAGAACUGGUUUAGUGCUAAUUUAUUGAAUGCCAUAAUUUGCCACUUUGAGCAGUUUUGAUUGACUCUGUUUGCAUUGCUCAGGCAGAAAAUUAAGAUAUUACUCACCUCUCUCUUCUGUAAAUAUGAUAAGACAGAAUAAUGUACAAUUAUUUAAUCAGAUUUAAAUGCAGCUAAGAUACGACCACAGUCAUAGACUUUGGAGUGCUCUUAAAUUGUUCAUUCUGUCGAAUGUUAUGUUCUCCAGAAGUAUGGUUGUAUUUAGGGGUAUUUUUAAAGGAACUAUUUGCUUUCUCUUUAAUUCAAAAUUAAUAGAAGGUAAUAAAAUGAUUGAGAUGAGGAAGCAUGUAUAAAAUAAAACUUGUCUACUUUGUACAACGUAAAAUGUAAGUUACCUGUUAUCACAAUGAAAAGACUAAACCUCCUGCUCCAAAACAUUCUGACCAGUUCAGUAGAUACAUACUUGAAGAAGUAUUACAUGAAAUAUGAAAAUGAAUUUUAUUUACUGCUAUUUGUCCAAAGCAUGUAUUUUAAUGUGUAUUUGAAAUACAUUGUAUGUUGAAGAGAAAAAUAUAUCUUGAAAAUAUUAUGUAAUUAUAUUUAAGACUGUGAACCUUGACCAAUGCUGAAUAGCUGACAUAUACUGCUGUCAUGCAAUGUAGUCUUGGGAUGAUCAUUUUCUGAAGUAAUGUCUGAUUGUAGCUUUCUUGUGUGAAGUUACUGAACAUCCAGUUUUUCAUCUGUAUCUGAUCGUUUUACACUUGGAAAUAACAAACCUUUUGAUCAGACUAAAAGUUAUUCACCA